ACACUCCUAUCGGUGUGCUGCGCUUUCGACGCUCCCAUUCUGGAUGAGGUGUUACCCCCUGUGCUGUUCAGCGAGUUCGUCCUGGGCUUGAUGGGGAACGGUCUGGCCCUCUGCAUGUUCUUCCACAGGGACUCCUGGAAGCCCAACUCCAUCUAUCUGGCUCAUCUGGCUCUGGCCGACUCGCUGGUGCUCUUCUGCCUGCCCUUCCGGGCCGACUACUACCGGCGAGGCAAACACUGGGUCUACGGGGACGCUUUCUGCCGUGUGCUGCUGUUUCUGCUGGCCGCCAAUCGAGCCGCCGGUAUCUUCUUCCUGACGGCGGUGGCUGUGGACCGAUAUCUGAAGAUCGUGCACCCGCUGAACCGCAUCAACCAAAUGGGUCUGCUAGCCCUGUGGGUGUCUGUGGGCCUGUGGGUGCUCAUCAUAGCCAUGACCGUAUAUCUGCUCGCCGAUAAACACUUCUACUAUCGAAACAAUCGAACACAGUGCGAAAGCUUCAAUAUCUGUUUAGGACACAAUGCUCUGUCUGAUUGGCACAAUUCAUUUUACGUUAUUCAAUUCUUCGUGCCAACGCUCAUCGUCAUCUAUUGCUCCACAUGUAUAACCUGGCAGCUGAAGGGUAAAACAAUUGACAAACAUGGUAAAAUAAGACGAGCUGUGCGGUUUGUGUUAGCAGUGGCUUUGGUUUUCAUCAUAUGCUUCUUCCCCAGUAAUGUCUCCCGUAUUGCUGUUUGGGUUCUGAAAAGCUGGCAUAAUGAAUGCCAGUAUUUUCGGGAUGCAAAUGUGGCGUUUUAUAUCACCGUCUGCUUCACAUACUUCAACAGCGUGCUCAAUCCUGUGGUCUACUACUUCUCCAGCCCUGCCAUCAGUGGAUCCUUUAAGAAAAUAUAUAUGAGGAUUUUAGGAAAGAAGGUUGAGGAUGAGCAUGAGAAGAAUAAUCAUAGCUCUGUUACAGUGUCGGCUAACGUCUCUUAA